AUGGCGGGCAGCAAGGCUGAUGCUCAGACGGACCAGGCCUCAAAGAGAAACCCUGACCUGACGGUGGAAGAUGGCCGUGCGGGGGCCGUCAUGAGACCCCCGGUGUUCCGUGUGGACGAAACCACCCCAGAGGUCGUGCAGAGUGUCCUGCUGGAGCGCGGCUGGAAUAAAUUUGAUGAGCGAACGCAGGAUGUGGAAGACUGGAACCUGUACUGGAGGGUGUCCCCUUUCCCGAUGAUCAAGCACGCCCACCUCAAGCCUUGGCAGCGACUGAACCACCACCCGGGAACCACCAGGCUCACCAGGAAGGACGACCUGGCAAAGCUGCUGACGCACAUGAAGAGGCUGUACGGUGCCUCCCUCUACGAGUUCAUCCCGCUCACGUUCAUCAUGCCCAGUGACUACCACAAGUUCAUGGCUGAGUACUCCAAGGAGAGGCAGACGCUGGGCACCAAGCCCAGCUACUGGAUCUGCAAGCCAGCCGAGCUGUCCCGCGGGAGGGGCAUCAUGAUCUUCAGUGACACUAAAGACUUGGUGUUCGAUCACACGUAUGUGGUGCAGAAAUACAUCUGCAACCCUCUGCUGGUCGGUAAGUACAAGUGUGACCUGCGGAUCUACGUCUGCGUCACGGGCUUUAAGCCUCUGACCAUUUACAUCUACCAGGAAGGGCUGGUACGGUUCGCCACAGAGAAGUUUGACCUCAGACAUCUGCAAAACGAUUACGCCCACCUGACCAACAGCAGCAUCAACACCCUGGGCGCCUCCUACCGGAACUUCAAAGAGGUGGUGGGCCAGGGCUGCAAAUGGACCCUCAGCAGGUUCUUCUCGUACCUCAGGAGCUGCGACGUGGACGACCUGCUCCUGUGGCGAAAAAUCACCCACCUGGUCAUCCUGACAGUGCUGGCCAUUGCUCCCUCGGUCCCCUGUGCCGCCAACUGCUUCGAGCUCUUUGGCUUUGAUGUCCUGAUCGAUGACAAUCUGAAGCCCUGGCUCCUGGAAGUCAACUACAGCCCCGCCUUGUCCUUACACUGCUCCACGGACGUGUCUGUGAAGAGGAAACUUAUCCACGACAUCAUCGAGCUCAUUCACGUCACCAGCCCGAGGAACAAGGGGAGCGGCCACGUGUCCAGGGGUGAUGCCAGUGUCUCCUCGGCCAGAAGUGGCAGAGGGGGGCUCAGGGACGUGCGUGGCGCUCUGCCCCGUGGCUCUCUCCUACAGAUCUCAGGCACGGUAUUUGCGAAGCGCAAGCCCGCCAUGGAGAAAGCGGAAAGAACGUGGCCCAAAAACACACGCACCUCCCAGCUUAGAGAACGGAUGAACAAGCAGGAGGGCCUCGCGGCAACCAGAGAGCUGCCCAAGCUCAAGCCCAGGUCCAGGAGCAGGCACACGCCGCGCAAGUCCUGCAGCCCCCGCCCGCCCCAGCCCCCGGCGCAGCCCUGCAAGGCCAGCGGCAGCCCAGCUCCGCUCCCCGGGAGCAGGGAAGAGCUCGAGCCCCAAGCAGGCAACUUUGUUCUCAUUUUCCCCUUCAACGAAGCUACCUUUGGAGCUUCUCGGAACGGACUGAACGUCAAAAGGAUAAUCCAAGAGCUCCAGAAGCUGAUGAACGAGCCACAGUCCCGCGUGGCAGAAAGUGAAACUAACAGAAGGCGACGUGGUGCUUGGAAACCCACAGGCUCACAUCCCAGGCAAGUGCUAGCUCCAGGCCCGCCUUAG